GAUACCGAAUGUUUUUUUAAAUUACUUGUUGAAAUCUAUAGAAUAACAAAAGACUUCUGAAUCCCUCUCUCUACUAUAUAUUACCUGUGUACUAGCGUUGAGUUUUUAUUUUUUAAGACGCAGAAGAAGGGUGCUUUAGUAAUUUUGGUAUAGUAUAAGAUAUCAAGACAAAUGUGUCUUGUUCGUUUUCCCAGUGUUCAUCAUCAGAUCUCUUGGUUUUACAUAUCCAAUGGCGUCCUGUGUUGCUCAUCUUUCUCUCUCAGUUCUUGUAUCUGGUGGCAAAGGUGGGUCUCAAUCUCAUCAUGUGAAAGCAAAUGGAUUGUCUGCCAAAAAGCUCAGUUCCAUUUGUAAAACUUCUGUAUUGACUGUUCAGAAGAAAUCAAGCCGGAGUGGCAAGUUUUCGGUUUCUGCACGGUAUGGAGACGAAGGGAGUAAGAGAGGAAGUGGUGGUGGUGGUGAUUUCAUAGCUGGUUUUCUUCUAGGAGGUGCUGUCUUUGGCGCUGUUGCCUAUAUCUUUGCUCCACAGAUCAGAAGAAUUAUUAUGAGUGAAGAAGAUGAGUAUGGUUUCAAUAAGCCACAACAACCAACGUACUACGAUGAAGGUUUGGAGAAAACAAGAGAGACGCUGAACAAGAAAAUCGAACAACUUAACUCAGCAAUCGACAAUGUUUCUUCCCGGUUAAGAGGUCGAGAAAAGAACACAUCUUCUCCCAAUGUACCGGUGGAAACUGACCCAGAAGUUGAAGCUACGACUUAAAAAGAAACAAGACACAUUUCUUCUUCUCUGUUUCUCAUUUGUAACCAGAGUUGAAAACAGUUACAUACGGUUAAGUGUUAAAAGUGCUUCACUUUUUUUCGGUAGGACUCUUGCAAAGCAAAAUAUACAAUCUCGUGUUGUUAGUGAAUUUGAAUUUGGUUUAGUUCA